CAAUAACUUGCAAUGGAGGACUCUCCCCACCCACGACGUCGAAAUCGGUCAUCUAAUGGCUCCCAAGGGCAGGUAACAGUUACCUGCCCGGAUGUAACAGCGCCAGCAGCAGAAAUUUCAUCGGAGAAGCCAAAGGAGGUUGCAACUGGGUUCACGGAGAUCUUUGGAGCCUUGACACCGCGACAAGCAGGGCUCAUCAGCAUUGGGUCCGCUAUUGGCACCGGGUUGAUGGUCGGCAGUGGAAGAACGUUGGCCAUGAGCGGCCCAGCGGCCAUGAUUAUUUCGUAUACGCUUGUCGGAUUCGCCGUCUUCCUUGUCUUGUCUGCGCUGGGAGAAGUCGCGGCAUGGCUGCCGAAACCAUCCACCGUGGCGGAUCAGGCUUUUCGCUUUUGUGAUCCGGCGCUAGGUUUUACACUGGGUUGGAUAUACUGGCUCAAGUACGCGAUGAUCACCCCGAAUCAGUUGACGGCCGCCACCCUUGUAAUGAAGCUAUGGCUGGCUCCUGGUCAAGUCAACCCCGGAGUGUGGAUCACUAUCUUUCUUUUCCUUAUCGUGACUCUCAACUAUCUCAGCCACGGCCUGCCAAGUCAGAUUGAGUAUUAUGUGUCGGCCCUCAAACUCCUCGUGAUGGGUGGCCUCAUGAUCUUGUCUCUCGUGCUCGUGUUUGGAGGCGUAUCAGGUUACCAUCCAAAGGGCUUUCGAAACUGGCUACAACCAGUCACCUUUGAUCAUUCCCAUAGCAACAUGUUAGAGAUCUUCUUCUCUACCUGCGGAGCCAUGUCCUCUGCUACCUUUGCGUAUAUUGGCAGUGAGAGAUCUGGUAUCCUUGCUCGGUCGCCGAACGUACCCCAAGUCAUGAACCGUGCCAUCAGGCAUACCUUUUAUCGGAUUGUCGUCUUUCACCUUCUCGGUAUAACUCUCCUCGGCAUGGUCCUUCCAUGUGGCAGGGUCAAGCUGUCCGUCUAUAAAAGCUCCGAGGGGAAGGCAGCUGCCUCUCCAUUCGUGGCCGCCUUGAUCAAUGUCAGAUUCGCCGUUCUGCCGCACGUGUUGAAUGCCUUUAUACUGCUAUUCAUUCUUUCCAUCGCAACCUACGAUCUGUAUCUGGCUACAAAAGCGCUGUCCGAUUUGGCCCUCCGACUCCGCGCCCCCAUUUUCCUGUCCCAUGUGAAUCGAAACAAAGUGCCCGUCUACGCACUAGCCGUAUCGGCAUCCGUGUCCACCUUGGCCUUCCUGAAUGUCUCCAAAGAUUCGAGCAUGGUCUUUGCAUAUUUCUUGGAUCUGGUCACGAUGCUCGGCCUUCUGACAUGGAUAUCCAUUCUCGUUACCCACAUCUGUUUUGUGCGGGCACGCAAGGCACAAGGAAUAUCCGACGAUAUGCUGGUAUUUAAAGCGCGCUUCGGUCUUGCCGGGACUUGGUUGGCCCUGGUGCUUUGCGUGUUCAUUUCAUCGACUAUGAUUUUCAAUUCACUGCACCUUCGGAAUUCGAAGACUUGGUUCGAUGCCCCCAAAUUCCUGGCUGCGUAUGCCGGGGUUCCCGUCUACUUUGCCUUGUAUGUUGGGCACAAGCUUAUCUUGAAGAGCAAGCAUAUCAACCCGAAGAAUGCUGAUUUCUGGUCCGACAAACAAUCUGAUAGUGGACGAGGGAUCGAGUCAUGAUCGUUGGGGAGAAAAAGCAGGGAAUCAAGGUGGUCGUAGAGUUCGGAACUCGCGGCCAUAUAUACGACUCGAGUAUUGGUUCUUUGGGUGUCCGUUAUCGUUUAGUCCUUCAAUGCAUGAUUUAAGUUUUAAAUCAAGAAUUUAUGGAUUCAGACGCCCUUGUCAUUACUUUCUUCUGUUCAGUCCGUCUCAUUAUUCAUGUUGUUGCCCCUCAGCUGCCCAUGGGGAACUUGCUGGAGG